AUCAAGUGCCAUAACGCCACCCACCAUUCUUUUCUCUUCCCACACUCCAAUAUUAAUCCUUCUCUCACUUCACACACACACACACACACACACACAGUUAUAGAGAUGCAGGUUUCCUCAUGGUCGAAGCACUUAUGGAUUCUGGCAUCACUUGCUGUGGGGGUGGCUGUGGUGGUUUUCAUGGUUCCUAAGGCCUCCUCCACCUUCUCUUUCAACUCUAAUUCCUUACAGGAGUACUUGCGUUCCAGGUUUCCUGAUCAUCAUCAUGAUCCCCGUCUCGAUACCUCGCCUGCUAAUGCUGAUGACUUGUUUGUGGAUGAUGAACUUGACGGAAAACCAGAGAGAAGGGAAGAGGGGUACAAAAAUGCGACUAGGAAUGGAAGACCAGAGAAAAGAUACAGCGACUUGGAGAUGGUGGAAGCCGAUCUUGUACAGGCUCCAGCUGCCAUUAGGGAAGCCAUCGUCACGGGUGGAAACCAAACUGAGGACCCUGAUUAUAUCCCAAAUGGGCCCAUGUAUUGGAACUCCAAGGUCUUCCACAGGAGCUACUUGGAAAUGGAAAAGAGAUUGAAAAUAUUCAUCUACGAGGAAGGGGAUCCCCCGGUGUUCCACUUCGGACCCUGCAAGCACACAUACGCCAUAGAGGGAAUUUUCAUGGCAAACAUGGAGGUUAGCCGUUUUCGGACAUUCGACCACAACAAGGCUCACUUGUUCUUCCUGCCCUUCAGCGUGACGAUGAUAACUCAAGUGAUAUAUGUGCCUGAAUCCCAUGAAUGGAGUCAAAUGAAGAAUACAGCCUCCGAUUAUAUCAAUGUCAUUGCUCAAAAGCAUCCUUACUGGAAUCGAACCCUUGGCGCUGAUCAUUUCAUGCUUGCUUGCCAUGACUGGGGGCCGGAGAUUUCGUUUGCAAUCCCCAACCUAUACAAGAACUCCAUCCGGGCCCUGUGCAACGCCAACACCUCCGAACAAUUCAACCCCUCCCGCGACGUCUCCAUCCCCGAAAUCCACCUACCCGGCGGCGGCACUCGGGGCAUGAUCGGCGGCCCACCGCCGUCCAAGCGCCCAAUACUCGUCUUCUACGCCGGCGGAGUCCACGGCCCUAUCCGCCCAAUCCUCCUGGAGCACUGGGAAAACAAGUCCGACCCGGACGUCCAAAUCUACAAAUACCUCCCCCAAAACGUCUCCUACUACGGGAUGAUGCGGAAGAGCCGCUACUGCAUCUGCCCCAGCGGGUACGAGGUGGCCAGCCCGAGAAUGGUGGAGGGCCUUUACAUGGGCUGCGUGCCGGUGCUGAUCAAGGACGGCUACGUCAUCCCGUUCAGCGAUGUCCUGAACUGGGAGACGUUUGCGGUGAUUGUUCCGGUGAAGGAUAUCCCGAACUUGAAGACGAUAUUGACGGCGAUUCCGAUGAAGAAGUAUGUGCAGAUGCAGCAGAGGGGGAUUCAGAUGCGGCGGCAUUUUGAGGUGAAUUCGCCGCCGAAGAGGUACGAUGUAUUUCAUAUGAUACUGCAUUCGAUAUGGCUGAGAAGGCUCAAUGUUCGCCUCCAUGAACAUGAAGAUUCUUGAACCCGGCCCGGAAUUAUUUUCCAGAAGUAGUAAAAUAGUUUAGAGAUCUGCAUGGACGAUCUGUAUUCUGUAGGAUAAUUUAUGUUUGUCAUUGUUCAAAUAUUUAACUCGUUAUCUAAUUAGGUCUUGUAAGAAUUUAAUUAAAUGGCUUUUGAUGUUUUUUUGAAUGAUGAUAUUGUAAGAAUUUAAAUGGCGUUGAAUAUUUAUUUG